AUGGUGUUCCAGAGGUUGAUGGCUUCACGAAUCUUGCCCAAGGCACGUCGUUUCAUCAGCGAGAGACACGGCAGAGCCCGGUCCGGAGGUGCAGAGCUGUCUGAGGGCGUCCAUGCGUCUGAACUCCUCGACCUCCAUGGUUCCGCCAUCUACGCAACAGCUGGCCCUCGGCGGACCUCCCGCAUCUGCUCCUCGUGUUGGACGCCGUCCAUGGUACGCAGUCCCGGGAUACAAGGGCGUGCCCGGGUGGAUCUUGUAUGUCGUGGGCUGGACCACCGUCGCCGGCAUCAUGCAGGACUUCGCAGGUCCAUACAUCUUUUUCCACGAGUGAAGUGGUGA